ACUUGGAAAACCAUCAAGUUUUAAGCAAAACCCUCUUAAGAACUUAAAUUGAGCUUCUUUUGGGGCAUUUUUCUAGUGAGAACUAAAAAUGGUGAGGAUUGCCUUUGGUAGCAUUGGUGACUCUUUUAGUGUUGGAUCAUUGAAGGCCUAUGUAGCUGAGUUUAUUGCUACUCUUCUCUUUGUGUUUGCUGGGGUUGGGUCUGCUAUAGCUUAUAAUAAAUUGACAGCAGAUGCAGCUCUUGAUCCAGCUGGUCUAGUAGCAGUAGCUGUGGCUCAUGCAUUUGCAUUGUUUGUUGGGGUUUCCAUAGCAGCCAAUAUUUCAGGUGGCCAUUUGAAUCCAGCUGUAACUUUGGGAUUGGCUGUUGGUGGAAACAUCACCAUCUUGACUGGCUUCUUCUACUGGAUUGCCCAAUUGCUUGGCUCCACAGUUGCUUGCCUCCUCCUCAAAUACGUUACUAAUGGAUUGGCUGUUCCAACCCAUGGAGUUGCUGCUGGGCUCAAUGGAUUACAAGGAGUGGUGAUGGAGAUAAUCAUAACCUUUGCACUGGUCUACACUGUUUAUGCAACAGCAGCAGACCCUAAAAAGGGCUCACUUGGAACCAUUGCACCCAUUGCAAUUGGGUUCAUUGUUGGGGCCAACAUUUUGGCAGCUGGUCCAUUCAGUGGUGGGUCAAUGAACCCAGCUCGAUCAUUUGGGCCAGCUGUGGUUGCAGGAGACUUUUCUCAAAACUGGAUCUAUUGGGCCGGCCCACUCAUUGGUGGAGGAUUAGCUGGGUUUAUUUAUGGAGAUGUCUUUAUUGGAUGCCACACCCCACUUCCAACCUCAGAAGACUAUGCUUAAAACUUAAAAGAAGACAAGUCUGUCUUCAAUGUUUCUUUGUGUGUUUUCAAAUGCAAUGUUGAUUUUUAAUUUAAGCUUUGUAUAUUAUGCUAUGCAACAAGUUUGUUUCCAAUGAAAUAUCAUGUUUUGGUUUCUUUUGAAA